AUGGCCUCCGAAAGCUUCACCGUCGCCGCACCACCAGCACCAGGGGGACCUGACCUGCAGGAGCUGGAACACAAGUAUGCGGAAGAGGCCGACAAACGCUGGAAGGCGCGGCCGGAGCACCAAUACCUGGCCCUACGGGAGAUCCGCGACGCCGAAUUCGCCAAGGACCCGUGGGUGGACUACGAGCGGGCGCGGGCGUUCGAGACACAGCGGGAGGUCCACGACGGCGACUUCCGACAAGUGGUGAUCGUCGGGGCCGGGCACAACGGAAUCCUGUUCGCGGCGCGGCUGAUCGACGCGGGGAUCGAGGCGUCGCAGAUCCUGAUUAUCGACAACGGCAGCGGGUUCGGCGGGGUGUGGUACUGGAACCGGUAUCCGGGGCUGAUGUGCGACGUCGAGAGCUACAUCUACCUGCCGCUGCUGGAGGAGACGGGCUACAUUCCGACGCGGCGGUACGCGCGCGGCGAAGAGAUCCGCGGCCACGCCGAGCGGAUCGCCCAGCGCUACGGGAUGCAGGCGCUGUUCACGACGACGGCGACCAGCAUGGACUGGGACGACGAGCGGGUGGAAUGGACGACGCAGGUGCGGCGCGAUCUGGGGCCUGACUCCGGUGGCGUGGUCGAGUUGAAGAUCCGGUCGCAGUUCCUGUUCGUCGCGGCCGGCCCGUUGACGGGGCCCAAGAUGCCCGAUGUGCCAGGCAUCGACGAGUACCUGGCCGCGGGGGGCCAGAUGUUCCACAGUGCGCGGUGGGACUACUCGAUCACCGGGGGCACGCAGGCCAAGCCGGAGCUGACCAAGCUGCGCGACAAGUCGGUCGCGGUGGUGGGCACGGCGGCGACCGCCGUGCAGCUGAUCCCCGAGGUGGCCAAGUACGCGCGCGAGCUGUACGUGUGCCAGCGCACGCCGUCGUACGUGGGGCUGCGCGGGCAGCGCGACACGGACCGCGACGAGUUCCGCACGCGCGUGGCCGUCAAGCCCGGCUGGCAGGGCGCGCGGGCCGACAACUUCAACCUGAGGAUCUCCAACGACCCGGAGCCCGAGAACCUGGUGGGCGACGGCUGGACCGAGGUCGGCGGCUGGGCGGCCUUCCAGGGCGGCAAGGGCAAGUUUGGCUACGACCCGGUGCCGCCGGACGGGGUGGCCGACCACGUCGCCUACUUCAUGGAGCUGGACCAGGACCGCGCCAACCGCAUCCGCGCCCUGGUCGACCGCCUGGUGGCCGACUACGACCCCAAGGUCGCCGAGAACCUCAAGGCUUGGUACCCCGGCUGGUGCAAGCGGCCCAUCUUCCACGACGACUACCUGCCCACCUUCACCCGGCCCAAUGUCCACCUGGUCGACAUGGACGGCCGGGGCAUCGACCGCUUCACCGCCACCGGCAACCGGCCCGGCCUCGUCGCCGGCGGCCAAGAGUACCCCGUCGACCUGGUCAUCCUGGCCACCGGCUUCGAGGUGCCGCCCUACGCCAGCGCCGAAACCCGCGCCGCCGCCCCGAUCCGCGGUCGCCACGGCCGUGUGUUCGACCAGAAGUGGAACGACCCCGCCGAUUUCGGCACCCUGCAUGGCUUCAUGGCCCACGGCUUUCCCAAUCUGUUCUUCCAGGGCGUCUUUGGCCAGGCCUCCUCCUCCAACUUGACUCGUCUGUAUGACUUUCAGGCCCAGCAUCUGGCCUUUAUCGUGGCCAAGGCGGUGGCAAAGGCUGCUGCUGAAAAUGAAUCCACAGGUCAAGGGCAAGGUCAGGUUCAAAACGGAAUCAAAGAAGGUCCAGAUCAAGGUCAAGCCGAAAUCAAUGGUCAGGCCCCACACUCAAACUCAGACUCACGCAAAACCGUGGCCGUGGUCGAGACGUCAAAGGCCGCCGAGGACGCCUGGACUGAUCAGCUCGCGAAGCGCGCCCUGUUCUGGACCACCUUGCCCAUCUGUACCCCCGGCUACUUCAACGGAGACGCCCAGGUCAAGCCGCCUGGCACCUCCGAGGAACUGGCCCUGGCCGCCAAACGCGUCAUGUGGCCCGGCGGCGUCACCGACUAUGGCAGAACCCUCAUCAAGUGGAGGGAGGCUGGAGAGUGGAAGAGCAUCAUUUCCACCCGGUCGGUGGAGGUUGCGGUCCCUGAGACGAACGGUGUUGACAAGGCUUAG